GGCGCGCGCGGGUUUUCUGGCUGCGCCGCCCGCCGGCUCCAAGCAGGUUGCCCUGUGUUGGCACGCGCCACCAGGUCCCUGAGUAAAUAAGGGAGAGAGUCUCCCGAGCACCGUAAAUAGAGUCCAAGUGGGCGGAGAACCGCCGCGCGACGCCAAUCCAUGUCGCUGCAGGGCCUCGUGUCCGGUCGCCUGGCACAGCUGCGCGCGGCGGGGCAGCUGCUGGUCGCCCCGCGCCCCUGGCCCGGUCCCCCGGCGGGGGCCUCGAGGACCUGGGGUAGGGCGUGUGGCCCCUCGGCGUCCCUAGGCGCGCUCGGACCCCGCGCGCGGACCUCGGCGGGAGUUGGGGCUUGGGGGGCGGCGGCGACAGGACGGCCGGCCGGGGUGCGCACCUGGGCCCCUCUGGCCAUGGCCGCGAAGGUGGACCUGAGCACCUCCACCGACUGGAAGGAGGCAAAAUCCUUCCUGAAAGGCCUGAGUGACAAGCAGAGGGAGGAGCAUUACUUCUGCCGGGACUUCGUGAGGCUGAAGAAGAUCCCAACAUGGAAGGAGAUGGCAAAAGGAGUGUCUGUGAAAGUAGAGGAGCCCAAGUACAAGAAGGAUAAGCAGCUGAAUGAGAAGAUCUCGCUGUUCUGUUUCGAUAUCACCAAGUUAGAGGUGGAUGCCAUUGUCAACGCCGCCAACAGCUCCCUGCUUGGAGGCGGAGGUGUGGAUGGCUGCAUUCACCGGGCCGCUGGGCCUCUGCUCACGGAUGAGUGCCGUACCCUGCAGAGCUGCGAGACCGGCCAGGCCAAGAUCACCGGCGGCUACCGUCUGCCGGCCAAGUACGUCAUCCACACGGUGGGGCCCAUCGUACACGGAGAGCCCAGCGCCGGCCAGGCUGCGGAGCUCCGCAGCUGCUACUUGAGCAGCCUGGACCUGCUGCUGGAGCACGGGCUCCGCUCGGCGGCCUUCCCCUGCAUCUCCACCGGCGUGUUCGGCUACCCCAGUGAGGCAGCGGCCGAGGUGGUGCUGAUGGCGCUGCGCGAAUGGCUGGAGCAGCACAAGAACAAGGUGGAUCGGCUGGUCAUCUGCGUGUUUCUCGAGAAGGACGAGAACAUCUACCGGCAGCGGUUGCCGCACUACUUUCCCGUGGCCUGAGGCUCCGGCAACCCAGGCUGAGCAGGACUGAUUCCUCCCGGCCUGCAGGGCCCCGCUCGCAGCUCUGAGAAGUCGCAGAAGCCUGCAGCAGGGCCGGUUGGGCCACCCCAGCCUUCGCCCCAGCCCUGCCCACAGAAGCCUCCUAAUAAAGAUCAUCGGUGCAGUUCC